AUGGGUCGCGUUAUCCGCAACCAGAGGAAGGGCCGUGGCUCCAUUUUCACGGCCAACACCCGUCUCAACAAGGCUCCCGCCCAGUUCCGUACUCUUGACUACUCUGAGCGUCAUGGAUACAUUCGCGGUGUUGUGAAGGAGAUCAUCCACGAUGCUGGCCGUGGUGCUCCCCUCGCCAAGGUCCAAUUCCGUCACCCCUACAAGUUCAAGAUGAUCAACGAGACCUUCAUCGCCAACGAGGGCAUGUACACCGGUCAGUUCAUCUACGCCGGAAAGAACGCUGGCCUGACCGUCGGCAACGUCCUCCCUCUCGCCUCCAUGCCCGAGGGUACCGUCAUCUCCAACGUCGAGGAGAAGGCUGGUGACCGUGGUGCGCUUGGCCGUACCUCCGGUAACUACGUUACCGUCAUUGGCCACAAUGAGGAUGGCAAGACUCGUGUCAAGCUCCCCUCCGGUGCCAAGAAGGUCAUCAAGAGCACUGCCCGUGGUAUGGUUGGUAUCGUCGCCGGUGGUGGUCGUACCGACAAGCCCUUGCUCAAGGCCUCCCGCGCCAAGCACAAGUUCGCUGUCAAGCGCAACUCUUGGCCCAAGACUCGUGGUGUUGCCAUGAACCCCGUCGAUCACCCUCACGGUGGUGGUAACCACCAGCACAUCGGUAAGGCCUCGACCAUCUCCCGCUACGCUGCCCAGGGUCAAAAGGCCGGUCUUAUUGCCGCCCGCAGAACCGGUCUGCUCCGCGGUACCCAGAAGACCAAGGAUUAA